AUGUCGCAAGAGCCAGUGGAAGAGGUGGAUGGGGAGGACAGGAAACGGGACAAGGUCGCCGAGUUUCUCAAGAAGAACCUGACCAAGGGCGAGCUAGCACUGAAGCGCGCCGCCGGCCUCGGCCAGCAGCCUAAUGUCGUGCCUGUCACGGAACCACGCGUCGACGGCGAAUCGCGUCACGUGGAGGUAGCAUGGCACCCUGUCGGCGGGUUCGCCGGCAAGUGGUUCGCCGAGGACACGGGGCUGGGCAAGAUGAUCACGGACAAGAUCAACUCGUACCCGGAUCCUACGCAGCACUGGGCCGUACUCGUAGGCGAAUUUGCGCAUCAGCUGUGGAUGGAUGAGAAUUUCCAUGUCAUUUACACGAAUGAAAAGGUCACCAGGGAGGGGUGGCGCACAUUCAAAGUCGGCCAGACACGCUUCAACGACGACGCUGUCCGCCGCGCCGGUGAGUCCUUUUCGCCCCUCGUGAUUAGCAUCAGGAACAGGCAGCCACGGUAUAACCUCAUCACGAACAACUGCCAGACCUACGCCCUCGAGCUGCUCGACGCCAUCAAGGUCAGCGGCAGCAAGGAGUUCGGCACCACGCUGGCCGUCUACGACAGGCUCUUCGGCGAAGGCGCUGUCAAAGACCUGUUCAUCCAGGACCAGCCGCCGCCAGCUCAGAUUGAGGGCGUGCCGCCGCCGCCCCAGCGGACCGAUACCGUCUCGCUCGCGCAGCAGGUCAUGAACGACAACACGAAUCAGCUGGACACGAAGCAGGAGAUGGACAGGCUCGACAUGCAGCGCGAUGGCACGCAGAGCCCGGACUAUGUCAACGACAGCGCCAGCGGAUCUCGGGAAACCCUGGACGAUGGCGACCCAAAGAAAAAGAAGAAGAAGAAGACGAAUUCUUUCCUGUCACGAUUCAUGCCAGGCAAGUCGAGCGACUAG